AUAAAACAUCUUAAUUAUUUAAAGAUUACAGUGAAUAAAAAAAUAAGAAGGUAAAUCUCAUCACAGCUGACCCAAAGUGCAGAGCACAAACAGCAGAUCAUAUGUGGAUGCUGCCAUCAUGUGGCUGAGAAUCAGAUCACACGACUUUUAUAUUCUCAAUAACAGCCUGAUUAUUAUUUUAUUCAAAUAAUUAAAUUGCAGUGCUGCAGGUAUAACCGUAAACCCUGACAUCAUGCACUGCUUCCUCAUUAUUAAUUGGAGAAUCGUAAAAGUGAGCGUCAGUCAGCCUCCUGCUGUCUGUAAUGACGGCGUGGCCUUCAGAAACCACCUCCCACUCCACUCUGUGACAAAGGACACCACCGCAGGACGAGUCUGACGAGCACCGGCUGAAAAGUGUGGCAGCAGCAAGGUGUGCCAGUUUCUCUCAGCAGUCAUGAAUGAAUCCUUUGAAAGAGCAGUAGAGGAGGUGAAGGUGCUGGACAAAAGACCCGGCUACGGAGUGCUGGGAGAAGUAUAUGGCUUAUACAAGCAGGCCACGGUCGGCGAUGUUAACAUAGAACGUCCAGGGUUUUUUGACCUCGCAGGACGAGGAAAAUGGGACGCAUGGAAAGAACGGAAGGGUCUGUCCAAAGAAGAAGCAAUGGCCGCCUAUAUUGACCUGGUGGAGGACCUGAAGAAGAGAUUUGGGUUCUCUCAAAUGAUGUAGCCUUUUCAAUGUCGCAUCUUGUUCUCAGUGGAAACUUAACAUUGGACUCUUUGAUACUUUAUUACUGUGUAAGACAUGAUUGGGUUUAAAUGCGAGACAGCAGUCUGGAGUACUUUCUGCUACUCUAAAUUGGUUAAAAACAAAAAAAGUGUGUAAAGGAGUAGCAACAUUUUGUGAGAUGACACUGAUUUGCUUUCCUGCUGAGAGCAGGAGAAAAAAAACAGCUAGCCUUCAUGCUAAGCUAAGCUAAUCGCCCGCUGGCUGUAGCUUCAUAUUUAGCUUACAGACAUUAAAGAGGGGUAUCAAUCUUCUCGUCUAACUCUCAGCAAUAACGUGAAAAGAUGUGUUUCCUAAAAUGUCUAACUAAUCCUUUUGAGUGGGACUACAAUGUACGUUUACGGAUAAAACCGGUUUAAAUAAAGAGCAUCUGUUCACAGGA